AUGUGGCUCCCAACGAUCCGGGCGGCAACGGCUGCGGCGGCGUUGGCCGCUGUGCUUGCGCCCAUCAAUGUGCUGGCCAGUCCUGUCGAAUCCGCCGAAUCCAUCUACAAGCGACAAGCGACGCAACCAUUCAAUAGUGACUACACUGGCCCACAAUGGACCUCUCCUCCGAGCUAUCCGUCGCCCUGGGGCGCCGGGCAUGGAGACUGGGGUCCUGCGUAUGAAAAGGCCCGGGCUUUCGUCAGUCAAUUGACGCUCCUUGAAAAGGUCAACCUUACCACGGGCGUCGGUUGGGAAGGAGAGCGUUGUGUCGGCAAUGUCGGUACCAUCCCCCGUCUUGGAUUUCCCAGCCUUUGCAUGCAGGACAGUCCAUUGGGUGUCAGAAAUGCCGACUAUGUCUCUGGUUUCCCCGCCGGCUUGAACGUCGCUGCCACAUGGAGCCGUACACUUGCAAGAGCUCGUGGCGAAGCGAUGGGUGCAGAGCACAGAGGUAAAGGUGUCGAUGUCCAGCUUGGCCCCGUUUGCGGUCCUCUAGGGCGGUCUCCAGAAGGAGGAAGAAACUGGGAAGGAUUCAGUCCCGAUCCCUAUCUGACUGGGGCUCUCAUCGCUCCCACGGUACAAGGCAUCCAAAGCCAGGGGGUCAUUGCGUGCACGAAGCAUUACCUCGGCAAUGAACAGGAACAUUUCCGUCAAGUGGGCGAAUCCAAAAGCAAUGGGUAUAAUAUUACGAAGAGCAUCAGUGCCAACAUCGACGACAAAACUAUCCAUGAGCUUUACCUUUGGCCUUUUGCCGAUGCGGUCCGCGCGGGAACGGGUUCAGUCAUGUGCUCUUAUAACCAGAUCAACAAUUCCUAUGGUUGUGCGAACUCAUACACAUUGAAUCACCUUCUCAAGGACGAACUCGACUUCCAAGGCUUCAUCAUGUCUGACUGGCAGGCUCAACAUUCCGGUGUUGGUACAGCUUUGGCUGGUCUCGAUAUGACUAUGCCUGGUGAUACCGACUUCCUCAGCGGCCUAACCUUCUGGGGCACCAAUUUGACGAUUGCUGUCAUCAAUGGCACCAUCCCUGAGUGGCGGGUCGAUGACAUGGCCACCCGAAUCAUGGCCGCCUAUUACUAUGUCGGCCGGGACACUCAUUACACGCCCACCAACUUUUAUGCCUGGAGUUACGACACUUAUGACAAAAUCCAUCAAGCAGAUCCUGCGUCACCCACAGGUCUCGUCAACGAACAUGUCAACGUGCAAGACGAGCAUCGCGACGUGAUCAGACAAGUUGCCCAGGCUUCCAAUGUUCUACUGAAGAACACCGGCGGUCUCCCACUGUCGGGGAAGGAAAAACAAGUCGGCAUCAUCGGCUACGAUGCUGGAAGUAAUCCGUGGGGCGCAAACGGCUGUCCAAACCGCGGCUGCAACAACGGAACGCUGGCGAUGGGCUAUGGUAGCGGAACAGCAGACUUCCCAUACCUCGUGACUCCAGAACAAGCUAUUCAGCAAUAUGUCGUGACCCAAACCGACGGGGAGGUAUAUGCCAUACUCGACAACUACGCCGACACCCAGAUUCAGACUCUGGCCACUCAAGCGGAUGUUUCUAUUGUCUUUGCCAAUGCUGAUGCAGGAGAAGGAUUUCUCAGUAUCGAUGGAAACGUUGGCGACCGUAACAACCUGUCUCUAUGGGAAGGAGCGGAUCGACUGAUCAACAACGUCACCAAGUAUAGCAGCAAUGUCAUUGUUGUCUUGCACACUGUCGGCGCAGUGAACGUUUCAGCAUGGUACGACAAUGAGAAUGUCACCGGUAUCAUCUGGGCUGGCCUGCCAGGUCAAGAGAGUGGAAAUGCCAUUGUCGAUGCCUUGUAUGGUUUCAUUAAUCCUGGUGGCAAGCUUCCUUUCACCAUCGCCCGCAACCGAGAAGACUUUGGGACUGAUCUUCUGUACGAACCCAACAACGGCCAAUUCGACGCUCCCCAAGAUCUCUUUUCCGAAGGUGUCUUCAUCGAUUAUCGUUACCUCGACGCGAACGGUAUCGAACCCAUCUAUGAGUUUGGAUUUGGUCUGAGUUACACCACCUUUGAAUACUCCAACUUGGUCAUCACUCCGGCGAACCCAGCCCCUUACACUCCCACCAGUGGACAGACCGGACCUGCUCCUGUUCUAGGGAAUGCCAGUACGGACCCAUCGGCGUAUCUGUUCCCCAACGACACUAUCCCAUAUCGACCAUACUUGUACAUCUACCCGUACCUGAACUCCACCGAUCUGAGAGCAUCGGCUGAUGAUCCUGACUAUGGUCUCCCGGCCGAUCAGUAUGUCCCUCCUGGGGCUACAGAUGGUUCACCUCAACCAUUGCUAGCAGCAGGAGGUGCACCGGGUGGUAAUCCAGGUCUCUAUGAAGUUGUUGCAACUGUGACCGCAACCAUUACCAACACGGGCAGCAUUGAAGGUGAUGAAGUUGUUCAAAUAUAUGUUUCACUAGGAGAAGGAGAGCCGCCGAAGGUCUUGCGUGGAUUUGAUCGUCUAACCAUCGCACCUGGUGCCGCGGCGACCUUUACCGCCGAACUAACACGUCGCGACGUUUCAGUUUGGGACACCACCGUACAGAAUUGGGUUGAAGUAAGCAAUCCGACCAUCUUCGUUGGUGCCUCAAGCCGGAACCUGCCUCUCUCUGGUACUUUGUCUGGAAAUGGUGGUGGUGGAAGCCCUUCUCCGCCAUCUGGGCCUAGUGGGGGCUUCUCGGCACAUAGUUGGAGUGGAAUUUAUGGACAUCCUACUCCUACCGUCUGGCCUCCAGUCAGCCAGAUCACGGAUGGCCAACCGCAAGCCCCCACCGGAGGACCGUUGACUCAGAUUUCUGAUGGACAACCACAAGCCCCGACUGGAGGUCCAGUGGGUCAGCUCUCUGACGGUCAACCCCAAGCCACAACAGCUUAG